UGUGGAAGUCAUGAUUAUAGACAAGGAGUGAGAGUGAUCAAUGACGACAGCGUUGGCGACCGACGGACGAAGCUUUAUCAGGUGAGGGGAGGGAAGCAAGUCAGAUGAGGCGACGCGAUAACGAACAGCAGGCGUCGGCUGCCAAGAUGGGCGGAAUCAGUCGACGCUUAAGUCGAGUGCUUACAGGAACCAGAGCAUGUCAGCUGCUGUUCCUGACCGCGUCUAAGUCUUGCGACCGACGAAAAUCCCUUACCGGUUGGUUGAUGGUACACGGGUGGGUGAUUUGGGUGGAUGAGGCUGAUCCCGUCACGGUUGGAAUUCCUCGGUUGGAUCGGCCUAAGGAGUUACUCAAACAAUGCUUAGCUAUCCCCGUCCAGUACACUUAGGCCACAUCUUUCUACCGUCAUACGCUCGACAUGAACUCGAGUCCUCUUGAAUCUUAGGACAGAAACAAUUGUCGACUAAUUUCGCAAAAGUGAACCCUGAAUUCUGAAACUAGAAUGCCAUAAAUACUGACGGUCUACGGUGUACGUAUAGUUGUCGGAAAGACCGGACUAUAACG